AACUUGCCAAACAUAUAAAGCGAAAUACAUUUUUCAUAUCGCGAAACCAGUAAUCAUAUACUGAAAAACCAGAAGUGUCGUGAAAAAUAAUUUCAAUUACGAUAGUCGGAUUGUCCCCUAUUCACCCACUUUUGUAUAUAUACCAAUAAAGAAAGUUAUUUCAAUCAAGGGAUUAUUGACUUGAGUGCGAACACUCAACUUGAAUGAUUAUUGACUUUGUUUGAUUGUUAAGGGUUGAAAAAUUAGACAUUAGGAUUGCGAAGGUCAAAGGAAAAGUGCUGUGUGAAAAUUACAAAACAGGAUUGCCAGUAGGAGGCGCGCAUUUCCUCUAAUAUUAAGCAACGGCACUGAGUCGGCUUUUUCCCUCGAGUUCUGUCAUAACACAACCACGUGUGCCGGCAUUCACACGAUUUGAAACACCAAUUAUUAGUUGAAAAAAGAAUUUUAACCCUAAACAAAACGGUUUUUAUUUCAAAAACGGUUUUCGAUAAAUUAAAAAUACAAAUAGUGAGAAGGAGGUGACAGCAAAAAUGUCCUCAUCUAAGAGAAGGCAGAUGAUGCAACCAUGGCCCCUGUGUGUGAUGCCUUUUGCAAAAUCGAAGGAUCACGCGAUCCUUCCAAAUUACAAGAGAGUUCACACAUUAGCGCCGAAUUCAAAUUUGGAAUUGGAUUGUGCCUCAAAUACAACCCUCCUGACAAGUGUCAGUUCAUUCAACAGUCAGGUGGAUUUAAUUGAGGAGAGGAAGAAAAAUUUAUCCAUUAACGAAAAUCAAAAAUCAACGACAAAAAAUUACUAUGCUGAGAAUUUGAAGAUCAAUCAUCAAAAUCCAAUUACAAGAGCACAAAUUUACGAUCCAUUGGGCAAAGGAUCUGACACUAACUACAAGCAAUUAGAUCCACUUUUAAAAGAUUCACAAUCUCACGAUAAUAAAGAUAUCAUGGAAUUGGAAAAUGCAAAGGACAAGGUCUCAUUUCAAUUUGGAAGGGGGUCGUCGAAAAAAAUUAGUUUCUACUCUAAAUAUGCCACACAGGUUAUGGCUGCACUUUCAGUUUCUCUGGCGUCAAUGAUUAUUGGAUAUUCAAGUUCAUUUCCAUCAGUAGCAGUUCAAUCCAUGAACUCUACCGAAACCAAUACACCUUUUAAAGUCGACGAUGAAAUUGAGUCAUGGAUCGGUUCUAUUAUGCCACUAAGCGCUCUAUUUGGUGGAUUUGCUGGAGGUCCUAGCAUUGAAUAUCUUGGAAGAAGGACCACAAUUCUCAUGACUGCCAUCCCAUUCAUUGCAUCUGGAUUUUUAAUUGGUUUGGCGAAUAAUAUCCCACAAGUUCUGGUGGGCAGAGCUGUGUGUGGAUUCAGUAUUGGUGUUGCUUCUCUAGCAUUGCCUGUCUAUCUUGGAGAAACAAUUCAACCGGAAGUGCGAGGAACUCUUGGAAUAUUGCCAACAGCUUUGGGUAAUAUGGGAAUCUUACUUUGCUUUACCGCUGGAAUGUUCUUAGAUUGGUCGAGUUUAUCAUUUUUGGGCGGAGUUUUGCCAAUUCCAUUUUUAAUAUUGACAUUUAUUAUUCCUGAGACGCCAAGAUGGUAUGUUUCUAAAGGAAAAACGAAGAAAGCACGUGAAGCAUUACAAUGGUUCCGUGGAAAAAAUACUGACAUCAGCGAUGAAAUGGCGGCUGUCGAGAGAGCUCACAUUGACAGUGAAAAAAAUGAAACUGAAAGUUCAUUCUUCGAACUUUUCCGUGGAACAAACUUAAAACCAUUUCUCAUUUCCCUUGGUCUCAUGUUAUUUCAACAAUUUUCUGGUAUAAAUGCCGUCGUAUUUUAUGCCAUCAAAAUUUUCAAGGACGCAGGCAGCACGAUAGACAAUAACAUUUGUGCCAUAAUCUUAGGAGUUGUUAACUUCUUAUCAACAUUCGUAGCAACAAUUUUAAUCGAUCGUGCUGGUCGAAAACUUCUCCUCUACGUCAGCAGUAUUUUAAUGACAAUUACUCUAAUUGCACUUGGAACAUUUUUCUACUUCAAAAACUUCAAUUACGAUCUUACGCCCUACGGUUGGAUACCAUUGGUCAGCAUGAUUAUCUACAUGAUUGGAUUCUCAUUGGGUUUUGGACCAAUUCCCUGGUUAAUGAUGGGCGAAAUUUUACCAGCGAAAAUUCGUGGCUCAGCAGCGAGUGUUAUCACAAGUUUCAAUUGGUUCUGCACAUUUGGCGUGACGAAGACAUUCCCCGAUGUAAUCAAUCUGAUUGGCAUUAAUGGAGCAUUUUGGCUAUUUGGCAUUGUUUGUUUUAUCGCAUUGAUAUUUGUGAAGACGUGCGUCCCGGAAACACAAGGCAGGUCCUUGGAGGAAAUUGAGAGCGGCCUCACUGGCAAAACAAGAAGAAUGAGCGCUGUCGCCAACAUGAAACCAAUGCCAACGGCGUGUUAAGUAUAUUUUAGUCACACGUGAAACAAAAAAACAAAAAUUUUAAUAUAUAAUAUUAUAGGACUUUAAUUUUAUACUUUAAGAAAAAAAAACGCGAUGCGUUUUGUUUAAACCAAAAUUACUGGACUCAGCUCGUUCUAAGAGCUACGAUAGAAAGGAUUAUCACUAUUGAUUUAUAAUGCUAUAAAUCGAGCACCAGUUUCAUUUUCCUUUAUAGUCAUUAAUAAGUGUAAAAUAGAUAUUUUUAAUCGAAUUUUUUCGAAAUUACAAAUAACAAAGUGAUAAUGCUCUCUUUUCGCGCACCCUUUUUUCCCUUUAAAGAGAACAAAAUAAAUAGCAGGGAAUUCUUCCACAUUAUUCAUCAGAAAAUUUUUCCACGUUUAAAAUCAACAAUUUUGAGAAAAAAAUGUUUCCCUUCAAAUUUUUUUUCAAAAAAUGUUUCACAACUUUCGUGAUUGAAAUUUCGAAAAGAAAAAUUUGUAAACAAAAAAU